UUUCCCAUGAUCAUUUUUCUUAUUAUCUAGUAAUUGUGGAUCAUUUUACUCGGUAUACAUGGCUUUAUCCUCUAUCUCGAAAAUCUGAUGUUUACCAGGUUUUUGUCACCUAUAAAGCUAUGAUUGAAAAUUUUUUCCACACUACUAUCCGCCGUGUUUAUAGUGAUGGCGGUGGUGAAUUUCAGAAGCUAUGUUCUUUCUUCCAAACUAAUGGUAUCACCCAUCUCUUAACACCGCCUCACACUCCUCAACACAAUGGUCUUGCUGAAAGGAAACACCGUCACAUUGUUGAGACAGGUCUCUCCCUUCUCCAUACUGCCUCUCUUCCUCUACGGUUUUGGUCUCAUGCUUUUCAAACUGCCACUUAUCUUAUUAAUCGCCUCCCGUCUUCCUCCCUUCAUGGCGCCACCCCCUACGUUUCUCUCUUUAAUGAAUCACCUAAUUAUACUAAAUUGCGUGUUUUUGGGUGUGCUUGUUAUCCAUGGCUCCGUCCAUAUUCUCCUCAUAAACUUGCUCCUCGUUCACGCCAAUGUGUGUUUCUUGGCUACUCCCUCAUCCAAAGUGCCUAUUAUUGUUAUGAUCUUCUUUCCAAACGUUUGUUCACCUCUCGUCAUGUCUUGUUUGAUGAGCAAGUCUUUCCAGGUGAUUUAUCUACCUCUGUAGCUUCCUUGGAUCCGCCUCACUGGCUCGCUGCCACUACACCUCCGCUCACUAUUCUUCACUUGCCCACUCCUUCUUCUUCCUUGUCAUCUCCAUCCUCCUCACCCUCGGCUCAUGGACCGCUCCCUUCGCCUUCUCCUGCUGCGUCUCCCCGGCCAUUGUCCUCUCAACAUCAGCAGUCACCACCUCCUCCACCGGCCAAGUCUUUCACCCGCCCGGUCACAAGGAGUCAACAUGGUAUAUUUCGGCCGAAACGGCUGUUUCUCUCUCAGGUUGAUACUGUUGACAUUGAACCCACCUUACUACACCAGGCGCUUGCUGAUCCGCGGUGGCAUGCGGCCAUGACGGCAGAAUUUCGGGCUCUUUUAUCCAACAACACCUGGACGCUGGUGCCCCGCCCCGCCGACACUAAUAUUGUGGGUUCCCGUUGGGUUUUUCGUAUCAAACGAAAUCCUGAUGGUUCUGUGGACCGUUUUAAGGCCCGUUUGGUGGCCAAGGGCUUCACCCAGCGACCCGGUGUUGAUUUUCAUGAGACCUUCAGCCCGGUUCUCAAACCGGUCACUAUCCGGACUGUGUUCACGAUCGCUCUAUCUCAUCAAUGGCCUAUUAUGCAGUUUGACGUUAAUAAUGCUUUUCUACAGGGAUCUCUGCAGGAAACAGUUUAUAUGGCUCAACCGCCCGGUUUUAUUGAUCCCCAUCAUCCUGAUCAUGUUUGUCGCCUUACCCGUGCUAUCUAUGGGCUUCGUCAAGCGCCUCGGUCUUGGUACUUGGCGCUAUCUGGCUUUCUUGCUACUGAAGGCUUCGUCAAAUCAAAAUCUGAUGCCUCAUUGUUCAUUUACCAUCAUGGGGGUGUCACCCUCUAUUUCUUGGUCUACGUUGAUGACCUUCUUCUCACGGGAAAUGACAGUCGGGCUCUAGCUCAAUUUCAGUCUCGCCUUGCCGCCCGCUUCUCCCUCAAGAGUCUUGGUCCCGUCCAUUACUUUUUGGGAAUUGAGGUCAUACCCACAGAGUCCGGCUAUUUGCUCUCUCAGCAGAAAUACAUUCGUGAUCUUCUUCAUCGUUUUGGGAUGGCUGAUUCUCAACCGGUGCCAACUCCACUCGUCUCCUCUGCCAAACUCUCUCUGGUUGAUGGUUCUCCCCCUGCUGAUUCUACUCUUUAUAAACAGGUGCUUGGCUCUCUUCAAUAUCUGCUCUGCACCCGUCCGGAUAUUGCUUUUGCAGUCAACAAGUUAUCUCAAUUUAUGCAUGCACCGACUACUCUUCACUGGCAGCAUGUAAAGCGUCUUUUGCGAUAUCUCAAUGGUACUUCCUCGCUUGGUCUUCGUCUUGCCCCAUCUGCCUCCUCUGAUCUUGUUGCGUUUGCUGAUUCUGAUUGGGCUGGCGAUCCCAAUGAUCGCACCUCUACCAUGGCUUUCCUUGUUUAUUAUGGUGGCAAUCUCAUCUCUUGGAAGUCGAAGAAACAGCGCUCUGUGGCCCGCUCCAGUACUGAGGCCGAGUAUCGGGCAUUAGCUCAUGCUACUUCCGAGAUCCUGUGGGUCCAAAAUCUUCUUCGUGAGCUCCAUCAUCCACUAUCAGAUCCGCCCGUUCUGUUCUGUGACAAUCUUGGUGCUGUGAACUUUGCCGGUAAUCCCAUUCAUCACUCGCGUAUGAAGCACUUGGCUCUGGACUAUCUUUUUGUUCGUGACCUGGUUCAGGAGUCUGCUCUUCACAUUCGCCAUAUUCCUACUGCUCUUCAACUGGCCGACUCUCUUACCAAACCGCUACCCAUCACUCGGUUUCAGCUUCUUCGGUCCAAGAUCGGUGUUGUACCCACCACCGUCUUGCGGGGGCGUGUCAAGGAUAAUACUUAAUUAUGUAUUUAAUUACUUUACUUAGUGGUUAGGUGGUUCCUACAUCACAGGCUACGUGAGUUAGUGAUAGCUUUUCUGUUGUACAAUUGGGUAUUUAAUCCCUACUCAACUUCUAAUAAACAAUCAAGUAUCCAAUCCUUCUCAACAUGAAACGUUUAAGGUUCUUUCUUCUGCUGCAUAUGCUUUAGCCAACUCUCCCGCCAUCAAAACUCUUCACAAGUUUCAGAAUUUUAAGAGGAUAUAAAAUCUUAAAAACAAU